AUGGAAGUGUCUAGUGGCGCUGAAGAAGGUUUUGUCCGCGAAUGGACACCGUGUUCCCAUAUAUUAAAUUUAAUUCCACCCCGUAUUCAAACUGGAAUAUUUUCCAAUGAACUGUGUUUAACCUGUGUCGAUGCAGUUAGUGAAUAUAUAGCCCUGGGCACGAAUGUUGGCUUGGUAUAUUGGUAUGAUAGGAAAAAAGGAAAUAUCCAGAGGCUUCGAUGCGAGGCAUCUUCCAGCCCCAUAACCUUCGUGAAGAUUGUGAACACCGUCGACUAUAUGGUGGGGGCGGGGAACGCCGCCGGGCAGGUCACCGUCUUCCAAAUACCGAAGGAGCACCCCGAGAACAUUCCGGACACCUUGAAACCUAAGGUGGAACGGAAAGUGGAGAGGUACACAAUAGGCGACCUGCACAAAAGCAAGAUAACAGCCAUAGAGUGGUCCAAGAACGGGAUGAGACUGUUUUCUGGCGACAAGAACGGUGUAAUCAUCAUGACUGAGAUCGACUUCUACAUGCACCUCUGCAAGUCUAUGGAGAUUGUGAAUGAAGAGUACGAGAUAGUGCAGAUGAGCUACCACCAGAACACGCUGCUGGUUUCCAGCCUGUACAGGACCAUACUGUGCGAGCGGCGGGACGCGCGCUGGCUCGUGAGCCAGCUCGGCAAGAAGGAGAGGAAGAGCCUGUGCCGGCUGGGCGCGGUGUUCCAGCACUCGUACGCGCGGGGCGGCGCCGCAGCGGCGUACUGCGCGCGGCCCGGGCUGCGCCUCUGGCGGGCGGACGCGCGGGGCGACGUGCAGCACACGCUGCUCUUCAAGGAGGCGAUAUCCAACCCGCUGACCGUGGCCGAGCUGCUGAACCCCGCCCAGCGGGGCGCCGGCGGGGCGGCGGAGGGGGGCGGGGGCGCGGAGCACAACUUCGGCCCGCUGCACGUGUUCAGGGAGCACUUCCUCGUCACACACGACGAGCGGCUGCUCUACGUGCUCGACCCGCGCUCGCUCACCGCCGUCGCCGUGGUCGACGACCUGCGGAGAAUUAUCUCGGUGUCGGUGAACAAGGACGAGAUCUUCGUCCUGGAGGGGCCCCGCUCGUUGCUGAGGCUGGCCCACGCGCCGGAGCCGGCCGCUCUCGCUCAAGACGAGACGCCCGGCCUGAUGACGAAAUCGCUCACCACGUCGCUGCAGCAGGCGGUGAGCACCUUCCGGGACCUCGCGCACCUGGAGCAGAGCGUCCCGUUCGUCGGGGGCGUCCCCGCCCAGCCUGUCGCCGCCCCCGGCCGCCUAGAGCCCGUCGCCGCCGCGGAGGAGUGCUUCGAGCUGCCGCCCGUCAAGCGGCUGCCCGCCGGCCUGGGCGGCAACGUGCUCCAGUCCAUCGGGAACGAGUUCCGCGACGCGGCAGGCGACGUGGACGAGGCGAGGCGCGCCAGGUCCGACGAGCUGCAGCGCAAGCUGAGGCUCUACGACAGCAUCAUGGAGCGCGGCCACGACGCCGAGCUCAUCCACAGCAGCCGGCGCAGCAGGCGGCGCGACGCCGGUGAGGGGCCGAACACCCCCCGCAACGCCACCCCCGCGCGCCGCGCCCCCGCCCAGCCCCCCGCACCCGCAGCUCCCCACGUCUACGGGGACGAUCUGCAAAGCGACGAUCUCCUCGAAAAGCAGAUAGAGGAGAAGGAGAAGAUACUCGCGAAGAUGCUGAAUCUCGAAUCGCUCAGUAUAAUCACACCGAAAGCUACCACUGAAACCGUUAAAGAACCGCAAUAUCAGUACAGGCCGUACGUAGAAGAGAAACCGGUGGCUAAACAGCCGCCAGACGAGGAGCCACAAAGGGCACCGAAGAGACCGGCGGUCGUCAAAGCGAUUUUGGAGCCUAACGCGAUAGACCUAGUGCCGAAAGUCGUGAAGCUGCCGCGCAACUGGAACCUGGAGAACAUCGAGCUGAGGCUGGACUUGAAGGGCGGCGAGAAGGACGUGAUGAGCCUCAUCUCGCCCGAUGAUCAUUUGGACAGCGAAUGGGAAGUCAUC